AUGCCAAAGCCUGGAAGUAAAGUUGAAGCAAGGGAAUUUAAAGGCGAUUUUAAUGAUAUUAAAGAAAAAUUUCGCGAUCAUGUGAAAACCUUUGUUGAAAAUAUUUUAACGCCCGAGAAUUUGGUACCGAAAAAGAUUGAUAAUAAAUUCGUUACGCUCGGAGAGUUACUUGGAUUUAUUAAUGGUUACUGGAAAUGUAUUAACGAAAAAGAUGAGUUAUGCAUUGAAUCAAUUUACAUGGCAACUGCUAAUAUCUUUCUUCAACAUCUCGUGAAUGGAAAAGUAGAAGAAUACAAGAAGCGUUUAGGGAGUUGUACAGAUCGAACACAAGCUAACAAUGAGAAAAGUGAAAUUCUGAAGGAAUUUGAAAAAGCAAGGGAGAUGAAGUUGGGCACAAAAAAAAUACGAGGAAGUUUUAAACAACAACUUGUAGAGCUUCUUGAUGCGCUAUGCAAUGAGUUUCACACAAUUUUAGAGCAUGAAGAUGAACUAGGAAGUGAAUAUAUCGAGCAGGUACGAGAAUGUACAACUUUAGAGCAGGCUGAGGAGAUAAAGAAUCGAAUUUUGAAGAAAUUCCAGAAAAUGGUCAAAAAUUUUAAUUACCUAAAGGGGACACAAAAAGUAUCUAAGCAACGGUUAACACGACUGCUUGAUACGGUGUAUACAGAUUUUCUCACGCUUUUCGGUCACGUGAAUGAAUUAAAAAUGGAAUACAUAGAACACGUUAAGGAGUGUAUAACUUUAAAGCAGAUCUCGAAAGCAAAGGAGACAAUUCUGGAGAAAUUUCAAGACAAAACCAAGAAUACGGUUUGCAACGAGCAAUUGCAGGAUCGUUUUAAGCAGCGGUUAACCAAACUGCUCGAUAAAAUGUGUAAAAAGUUCUAUACACUUUUCGAUCUCAUGAAUCAGUUAAUAGAGGAAUACACAAAAGCUCUCAAAAAAUGUCGAACUUUAGAGCAAGCCCAGGAAAUGAUGAGUGGAAUUUUGGGUGAAUUUCAAGAAAAAGGCGAGAACAUAGAUUGUGGGAAGGAAUUACUAGAUCAUUUCAAGCGCCGGUUAAAUGCAGUAAGUUGUCAGUAUAAAUAUUACAUAAGUUAA